AUGGCGAGCCUUGCCUUCCGAUCCCCUAACGCCCGUAAUCGCGCGAUAACCGCCGCUCGCAGCGAAAGACUCGAACUUUUCCGCCUCGCAUCUCUUCGCGAACACCUCGCACCUGCGCCAGCAGCAGCCCUCGCAUCGUCGCACGGGUCGCCAUCCGCCAAUUCGUCGCGCGCUAACGGUUCCCCAGAUUCGCCUUCGCGCCGCCAUUCCAGCGCGUCCCAUCCUCCCCCGCCGUCAUUCUUCCCCAGCGCGUCUCACCAUAACCAUCCCAGCGAUUCCGGUAGUCCCGCGUCGAUCCGAUCAGUUGUCAUUCGCUCGUCACCGCAGCCUGCGCCGACUAGCAGCGGGCAUCAUCAUUACUACAGCAGCCGCGCUCUUGUUCCUUGGCCUAGUCAUAGAUCCGUGCUCCCCGCUUCGUCCGCUCUGAUUUCCCGGCUUCUUCACUCUUCUCGAGCCGUUACGGCCGUUGGAUCGGAGCCGCCGGUUGCCGGGGAGAGAUCUGGGCUGUCGAGCGAGAGAGCGGCUGGCGGGGAGGAGAGUGUGGGGGAUUUGCGUGUGAGCUAUGGCGGGACUGCGGAAGCAGAGGGGGAGGAGGCGGAAAGAAGAGGGAAUAUAAAUGACGGAAGGGAGGAGGGACGGGGAAGGGUUUGGAAUGAGGUUCGGGAAGAGGGUCGGAAAGCUGAGGCGCAGGGAGGGGUGGCUUUAGCGGACGGGGAGAAGGCGGAAUUGCGGACGAGACAGCGGCGGGUUCGAAUGCGGGAGGAGCCAGGCGGGGAGUGGGCGGCAGGGGGAGGGACGGCGGAAGAAGGAGGAUCAAGAGAGGACGAGGACGAGGACGAUAUGAGCGGGUACGGAGUGGCGUCGGCGGAGGAUCUGCGCAACGCGAAGCAGAUCGCGGACGCGAUUCUCAGCGGGCGCUUCUUCGCGGGCAUGAGCCGCGGGAAACGGCACUGGGCGGGGGACGACGCGGGGGAGAGUGGCGGAGAGGAUGGGGGAGUGGGGGAGCGCGGGGGCGGACGGAAGGAGAGGCGCGGGGACGGGCGCGGGGAGGGGCGCGGGGAGGUGGGGGGAGACGACGAGGAGGAAGAAGAGGAAUGGCGGAGGAGUUUCCGCGAGAGGGGAUGGCGGCCGGGGUUCAGGGGUUUGGGGGACUGGUUGGGGGAGGCGGGCGGGGCGCAGGCGGAGGCGGAGGGGCAGAUACCGGUGGAGAAGCAGCGGUUUGCGCGCGUGGCGCUGGUGGGCGCGCCGAACGCGGGGAAGUCCGCCCUGAUGAACCGCCUGGUGGGCAUGAAAGUCUCAGCGGUAUCGCGCAAGACCAACACGACGCAGAGGGAGGUGGUGGGCAUUCGCACCACCGGCCCCACACAGCUGGUGUUUCACGACACGCCAGGGCUGACAGUAGCACUGCCAUCGCAGCCGCUGUCAGCAUCGCAGCGCCAGGGGUCUCUCCUCGCGUCCUCCGCUGCUCUGCACUGCAAUGUUGUGGCGCUCGUCAUUGACGCCGACCGGCAGAUCAGGAGGCCGGACCCGCGGGUGCGGCGGCUGGUGGGAAUGGUGGGGGCGGAGCGGAGGGAGGGGCAGCAGCGCAUAGCGGUGUUGAACAAGGUUGAUCUGGUGAAGGACAAGCGCCUGCUGCUGCCCCUCUCACAGGAGCUCAGCACCUUCCAUUCCAUUGAAAGGGUGUUCAUGGUGUCAGCGCUACAGGACAAGGGCGUCAACCUGUUGGAGGAGUAUCUCUUUGACCAUGCGGUGCAGGCGGCAUGGGAGGAGGACCCUCGCCUGCGCACAGACCAGUCCCCAGAGCAGCUGGCCAUGCAGAUCGUGAGGGAGCUGCUGCUGCACCGCAUGCACCAGGAGGUGCCCUAUGCCAUAGAGCACCGCCACGUGUCGUGCUCUGUGCUCAGGGACGGGUCGCUGCGCAUAGAGCAGCUGCUGCUCGUGCACUCCAAUGCACAGCGGGCCAUGCUCGUUGGCAAGGCCGGGCAGGUCGUGCGUUCCAUAGGCAGGGAGGCACGGUAUCAGCUUCAGAAUAUCCUAGGCGGUCCCGUUCAUCUCAUCUUGCAACUCGGCGAAAUUACCGCGGACAAACUAGCAGAGUACAACGGCUCAGACUCUUCAAAGCCCAUUCUCGUGUCGCUGAAGCACGUAAUCUACGACGUCACGUCAGCGAGCUCCUUCUACGGUCCCGAUGGGCCGUACUCGAUCUUCGCCGGCAGGGACGCGAGCCGGUCGCUCGCGACCAUGACGAUGGAUGAGGUCGGAGGGUCGCUGGAUGGGUUGACGGAGAAGCAGCUCAAGACGCUUGACGACUGGGUGGAGACUUUUGCACGGAAGUACCCCGUUGUUGGAACGCUCGUUUGA